AUGCCGGCUUCGCAUCUGUUGGGCGAGGUGCUCGAGGACCCGGAGAGCGACACAUACAAGGCGAUGAUGGCCUUGCUCUGCCGGAUCCCGGAGGCCGACGGCACGCUGGUGAAUACGUUCGAGUCGUUGGAGGCUCGGGCCGUGGCUACUCUCAAGGACCCGCGGUGUGUCCCCGGCUGGGUAUUGCCUCCGGUGUACUGCGUCGGUCCAUUUGUCGGCAGCAUCGCCGAUGCCGAGGCAAAAGAGCGGCACGAGUGCCUCGCCUGGCUAGACGGCCAACUGGACCGCAGCGUCGUGUUCCUUUGCUUCGGGAGCAUAGGCACUGGAAACCACUCUGAAGAGCAGCUCAGGGAGAUCGCCGUCGGCCUCGACAAGUCCGGCCACUGCUUCUUGUGGGUUGUGCGAGCCCCCGCCAGCGACGACCCGGAGAAGCCACACGACCCCAGUGCCAACCCGGACCUCGACACGCUCCUGCCGGACGGUUUCAUGGAGCGAACCAACGGCCGUGGCCUCGUCGUCAAGCUGUGGGCGCCACAGGUGGACGUCCUCCGCCACAGGGCCACGGGGGCGUUCGUGACGCACUGCGGGUGGAAUUCGGUGCUGGAGGGCGUCACGGCGGGCGUGCCGAUGCUGUCCUGGCCGCUCUACUCGGAGCAGAAGAUGAACAAGGUGCACAUGAUGAGGGACAUAGGGGUCGCCACGGAGAUGGUCGGGUGGCAGCAGGGGCUGGUCAAGGCCGGCGAGGUAGAGGCCAAGGUAAGGCUUGUGAUGGAGUCUGAGGAGGGUAGAGAGCUCAGAGCGCGGGCGGCGGUGCACAAGGAAGCCGCGGCCGCGGCUUGCGACGAUGGCGGGACGUCGCGCUUGGCGUUUGCCCAGUUCCUGGCGGACGUGGCAAGCCGGCAGGAUCGGGCUUUGCAGUGA